AUGGUACAAGAAGAUAUUGAACAACCAAUCUUAGAAAGAAAUGUCGCUACGGAGAAUGACGGUAGUACAGAUAGUUACAAAAGAUAUAGAAGCGCUACAAAGAUAGAGGAAAAUUCUUUCGGAACAAAGGAAGAAAUUUGCUCUGAAACUAGGGAAGUAUCUACUGUAGGCUCUAUUUCUUCUGAGAAGCCAACUGAUAUUUGGAAAUACACUACUGUAUGCCUAAUGUGUAUUAUGGUCGCCUUUGGUGGAUUUAUGAUGGGUUGGGACAUUGGUACCAUUGGUGGAUUUAUGGCUCAAACUGAUUUCAUUCAAAGAUUUGGUACCAAAAAUGAAGAUGGUGUAUUGUACUUGUCUACUAUUAGAAUGGGUCUUUUAGUUUCUAUUUUUAAUAUUGGGUGUGCAAUUGGUUCAGUAUUUCUAGGUAAACUGGGUGAUCUUUAUGGUCGCCGUUGGGGAUUAAUCUUUGGUACUUCAAUAUUUGUUGUUGGUGUUAUCAUCCAAAUUGCUUCAGUAAGCAAAUGGUUUCAAUACUUUAUUGGUCGUAUUAUUGCUGGUAUUGGCAUGGGUGUUAUAGCUGUUCUUUCACCAAUGUUAAUAUCUGAAGUUGCGCCUAAGGAACUUAGAGGUGCCAUGGUUUCUUGCUACCAAUUGAUGAUCACAUUUGGUAUAUUUUUAGGUAACUGUUGUAACUAUGGUACUAAAAGCUACCAGAAUUCCAAACAGUGGAGAAUUGCUGUUGGGUUACAAUUUUUAUGGUGUAUCAUUAUGGUAUCAGGAAUGACCUUUGUUCCUGAAUCUCCACGUUAUUUAGUCCAACAAAAUAUGUUUGAAGAAGCAAAAGAAUCAAUUGCUAUUUCUAACAAGCUCUCAAAAGAAAGUGAAGAAACAUUACAGGAGUUCGAAAUAGUUAAAGCUGGAAUACAAGCUGAGCUUGAUGCUGGGGAAGCUCAAUGGAAGGAAUUAUUUCAUCGUAAGAAUAAAAUAUUACAACGUGUUUUAAUGGGUAUCUUUGUCCUUGGCCUACAACAACUAACUGGUGCAAAUUACUUCUUUUAUUAUGGUGCCACCGUAUUCAAAUCAGUAGGUCUAGAUGACUCUUUUCAAACUACUAUAAUAUUUGGUGUAGUUAACUUUUUGUCUACUUUUGUUUCACUUUAUGUAGUUGAUAGAUUUGGUCGUAGAUUUUGUUUGUUAGUUGGUUCUGCUGCUUUAGGCUUAUGCAUGCUAGUUUUUGCUACCGUUGGUGUUACAAGCUUGUAUUCUGGAGAUUCUGACGUGCCAUCUUGUAAAUGGGCUGGUAACGUCAUGAUUGUUGUUAGUUGUAUUUAUAUUUUCUUCUUUGCUACAACGUGGGCUCCAGUUCCAUUUGUCAUUUUAUCGGAAACCUUCCCAACAAAUAUCAAAUCAAAAGGUAUGGCCUUAGGUAUUGUGUCAAAUCAAUUGUGGAAUUUUGUUAUCGGGUUUUGUACUCCAUGGAUUACCAAAUCAAUUCACUUUUAUUAUGGAUAUAUCUUCUUAGGAUGUUGUGUUUUUGCUUUCCUAUACGUUUUCUUCUUUGUACCAGAAACAAAAGGUUUGGGAUUAGAUGAUAUUAAUACAAUGUGGGAAGAAGAAACUUAUCCAUGGAGGUCUAGUUCCUGGAUUCCUCCUUCUCAAAGGGCUGCAAAUAAUGUAAUUGAAGAACCAGAGGUUGUUGCCUAG